GGUGCUGCCAGUGGCUGUGAGCCAGGAGGGGAGUUUUGUGCUCCUGCUGCUGGGAACAGCGCUGGCUGCGUGCAGCAGGGUCAGGGGGUCGGGGCCAAGCAGGGCUGCACCAGGGCCAGGGAGGUGGCAAUAAAAGGGAUGAGGAGGGAGCCCUGAACAGCGUUGUCCUGCGGAAGGAGACUGCUGUGAGGAGAGAGAGCAGCGAGCAUGGGACCCGCAGUGCUGCUGAUCGCCAGCCUGGCCUGGACCGUGCUGGAGACUGCAGCUGCCACUGCCGAGCAUCCUCUGCCUGCGGAGUGGAGCUGUGCAAAGCCUACAGAGAUUGAGCGUGGCCACGUUGAGCACCUGAUCAAGUACCACUGCGGCCUGUACUACCUGCUGUGUGGCUCCAGCAAUGAUGAGGCCCACGGCACAGUCAAGUGUGACAAGGACCAUGAAUGGCUGAGCCCUGACGCUGGCAAGGAGGCGCCAGUCUGCGAGCCAGUGUGCGGGAGGCCCAAGAACCCCCCCAGGCAGCUGCAGCGCAUCAUUGGGGGCCUGCUGGCAAGGAAGGGCAGCUUCCCCUGGCAGGGCCGGCUGGUGACUCGCCACAACCUCACUGUGGGGGCCACACUCAUCAGCGACCAGUGGCUGCUGACCACAGGCAGGAAUGUCUACCUAAACCACAGCGAGAACACCAAGCCUGAAGAGAUUGCGCCCACUCUGCAGCUCUACCUGGGCAGCCGGGAGCAGCCUGCCCUGCCCAUCGAGCGCGUGGUGCUGCACCCUGGCUACCCGGCGGCUGUGGAUCUGGCCCUGCUGAAGCUGAAGCAGAAGGUGCUCCUCGGGGAGGAGGUGAUGCCCAUCUGCCUGCCCCAGAAGGACUAUGUGCAGCCCGGUCGGGUGGGCUAUGUCUCGGGCUGGGGCCGCGGUGCCACCUUUGCCUUCCCCACCAUGCUGAAGUACGUGAUGCUGCCAGUGGCAGAGAGCGAGAGCUGCCGCCAGUACUACGAGGCCCGGAACGCGUCCUACUGGGUCCAGCCCAUCCUCAGCAAUGACACCUUCUGUGUGGGCCUGAGCGAGCUGCGUGAGGACACGUGCUAUGGAGACGCUGGUGGCGCCUUCGUAGUGCAGGAUGAGGCUGACGGUGCCUGGUACGCAGCCGGGAUCCUCAGCCAUGACAAGAGCUGUGCGGCUUCCAAGUUUAGCGUCUAUGUGGAUGUGCGGCGUGUCUUGGCCUGGAUCAGGGAGACAGUGACGGCAGGCUGAGCUGGGCUGGGGAAUUAAAGCUGCUGCAGCCUGGCUGCAGGCCCUGUC